GAUGAUAUAUUGCCCAUUUAAGAAUCUUCAACAUGGCGGCCACGAGUGUCGAAAAGAUCGCCAAAAUUCCACGAGGAAAACCGAAAUCUGGGCGAUUUUGGAAAAGCGAAGGAGCAAAGUAAGUGUUCUAGCUUUCAGCAUUUCAAUUCUAGUACAAACUGUACGAAUAAAAACAUUUUUUUAUUGUUUUAAUUAGAAAGUCCGACAUGAUAAGCGUACCGUCGCUUCACUCAUCUUGGGACAAGAAGAGGAAGAAGAAGGCUGAAGAAAAGAAUGUGAAAAGACUUGAGAAUGAGUUGAAAGAAGCAGCCAAGAGACAACGGGAGGUAUAAACACAAAUAUUUUCAAGCUGAAUUACAGAAUAUAGAAUGCAGCUCACUAAGCUCGGUAAUGGCAGAUUGCAUUUAUUUUCCGCACAGGGGGGGGGGGGGAUUGAGGACCUUUUUACCAGCUAAAUUGUGACCCCCUGGGAUUCAGUUUAUAUACGCCCUCCCUGGAAUUUCCUAGGAAUUCAUUGCUAGAUACCCAGGGCUGGAAAAUGGCUUUAAUCGCAGACCAUCCAGACUGGAAUGUAAGGUGUGUAUGCCGGACUUGUCCGGUGUACAAACACAAACUUUGGCGUACAUAAUGGCGUACAUUUGUUCACAUAGACUAGUACUUGUUCAAAUUCAACAAAUAUAAACCAAAUAGGUUUAUACUAAAAAGGUGUAUUUGGAACUUUUGCGCGUUAAUAUUUCCAAAAUUGGCGUACAUUUACAUGUACCUGAAUCGAUGUCCGGCGUGCAAAAAGUUAACUUUCCAGACUGGCAGACCAUCCCCUGGAUUUUUUUCCCGCAGACCAUCCCACCCCCUGGAUUUCUGCAGUCUUUUUCACCCCUCCCCCUGGAUUUUCCAAGGCCUUUUUUAUACCCCUCCCCUGGAUUUUCCAUUGUCCUCAAACACCCCCCCCCCCGCGUGCAGAAAAUAAAUGCAAUCUGCCAAUUCACGAAUCAAGUCUUGUGUUUGUCUUCCACUCCAUGCAAAGGUGAAAAUAUAUAUGCAUAACUCUUAAUUUUUAAGGAGAGAAAAAAGUUGUUGGAAGAGAGAAGGCAAAGACGACUGGAGAAUGAAAAGAAAGCCCAAGUUGUACAAGUGGUUAGUUAAUCUUUCAACAAUAUUCAAGCACUAGAUGAUGUUGUGCAUUUGGUCAAGGCGACUUGCUUGCUUUGUUUUCAUUGCCUGGUUGCGGCAAUUUUAGGAAUGUUGCUAAUCAGGCCUUUAGCCAGGCGGCCACCCAGCCAUCUUAUGGACGGCCGUUGUAAAUGUGUGUUUUUUUCAAAGAGUAAUGUGCAAGCUUUGUCAAAUGCUGUUUAUUUUACCUGUUCAAUACAUCUGAAUUACGAGUAUAUGACAAUUAAUUUCAAGUGCCAUAUUUUUUACCCCCUUCACAAAAAUACAACCCACAGACAUUGGCCUUGAAUGGCGUUUCUAUAAAUAAAUACCUCCCCCCCCCCUUGAUCCCCAAGUUAAUGUUGAAUGGAAUUUUUAUCAAAUAAGAUGUGUAGAUAAUGUAGCCUGCGUCACAGACGCUCCACAGACUAUGUUGUAGUCUAAGAUAAUGCAGAUAUGCAACAUUGAAGAGGGGGAUAUAGAGUGUCCACAUGAAUUUUGGAUUUGAUUGUAAGUUCGUAUGCCCACAGUAUAUUUUGAACAGGCAGUUUUGACACGGGUCCUGGCUAAAGACUUGUGUUUUUGGUGAUGGUGGUAGUUAUGGUGAUGGUAACUAUGGUUGUGAUGGUUGUGAUGGUACUGGUAAUGAAAAUUUAAAUUUAUUGACAAUUUUCUGCUUUCCAGAUCACAAACACGAGAAAAAUAAAAAGAAUGAAAAAGAAGCAACUGAGACAGGUAGAGAAGAGGUAAUACUGGAAAUGGUGGUUGAUGCUGAAAAAUGCUUUCACCCCACUGGUAUGCCUGUUGGUGUUGCAGAAAAAAAAUCAGGUACUUCCAACAGGCAUAACAAAUUCAAUUGUGGGACCUCGUAAGACAAACACUAAAUCCAGAGCCAUAUCUUGAACCUAACAUUUUACAGCCAAUUGCAGUUGAGCUUGCAGCUUGCAUUUUAAACGCGUUGUUGCAUCGUUGAAAAGUAUGCGUUCAUUCCUUGGAAACACGCCGUUGCUAGG